AUUGGGGUGGGCGGUAGUGACAGUGGCUUGGCUGUGACUCCCUCUGCGUUCUCCCUCUUGUCUGCAGGGCAGGAGGAGAGCGAGGGGGAAAGCGAGGGAGAGAGCGAGGGGGAGAGUGAGGGAGAGGGUGAGGGGGAGGGAGAUGAUGGGAGGAGUGACAGGCCAGGAGGGAGGGGAUUGUUGCCGUCACGCACGUCGUCAUCACCAUCACUAUCAUCAUGGGCAUCAGGAGCAGCAGCGGGAGCAGCAGCAGGAGGAGCAGCGGCACGGACAGAGAACGGUUAUUCAAGGAGCGAAGGGAGCAGCAUCCUGGACCGUCUGCAGCUCGACGAAGCGGAGUUCCGAGCCGCAAACCGAACAGUGUUGGAGGAGAUACGGUCGCUGGGAGGGGACAAGGCCAAGCUGGAGGACUUCAAAGACAAGUCGGUGCAGUUCAAGUCGGGUGGGAUGCUGACCGUGUGUUCUACGCACACGUGUUCCGCCUGGGAUUGAGCCACGUGGUGCCCCAGCUCGCGCGGCUGUGCCCGGAUGUGAGGAAGAAGGAGGAGCUGCUGCAGGCACACGCGCAAAGGAGGCGAUGAUGCGCAGAGGGGGAGGAACGGCUUCUGCUGCUGCUGGUGCUGGUGAUGACGCAGCAGCUCCUGUGGUGGUGAUGGUGGUGGUGGUGGUGGUGGUGGUGUGUCUGGUGUGGCUGGUGAGUGGUGCAGUCAGGCAGAGCAAAGCAGGGUAAAAAGGGCGGGGUCGCUUCAUUUUCCUCCUCCUCCGUCUCUACCUCCUCUUCCUCCUCAUCAUCUCCUGCCCCUUCCAUGUCAUCCCCGCCCAACCGUUCCGCGCUGAGUGCUGCUCCUGCGCCGCGUAACGCCAAGCCAUCUGUGGACCAACCGGAGAGCUCCAGCUGGGCGUGUGGCAUCUGCACGCUCAUCAACGACCCCUUGGCUCUUUGCUGCGCUGCCUGUGGCUCUGUCAAUCCCAAGGCAUGCAAGGAGGCAGCGACAGGGAGGGCGGAGCAGCAGGAGGGGAAGGGGAGGGGGAGGUGGGGGUGGGGCACAGAGGGGCAAGGGACGCAAGAACAAGGGGAUCACGGUGAGGUUGGGUGAUGGCUCUGCUGCCGCGCUCCUUGGUCGCAUGGAUGGCAGGGAAGCAGAGGGGCCGCCUAGUAGCUGGGCUGCUGCUGCUGGCGCUGGUGGUGGUGGUGGUGGUGGUGGAGGUGCAUGGGGUGGCAGUGGUAGAGGUGCCUGGUAAGAAGCUUGAUGGCCAGAAUCGUGGAAUUAAUGUAUGAAAGUGCCCGGGAACUCUUUAGCACUAGUGAUUACUGACUGGAGGUAUUUGUUAGACUCUUUUGAUAUGUUGACUAACUUACCACAUUGUGAUUCGUCAAGUUUACACUCAAUGCAAUAGUUCGUGUUUAUGUUGUGCCCCCACAUCUCCUUGCUGAACCUCUCUUGGAGACGUAACGCAUUUGCCGCCUUUCAACCCGAUCGCGUGCCGUUCAACAAGGGCGUUCUUUGAACCGUAAGUCCAGGCCAGGGCUUGUCUGACAACGGACGGACCUACCUGCAUAUGGCGAGGACAGUUCGGGAUUAGGCACACAGUUAGCAGAACAAGUUAUUUGGUUUGUCAUUGUUUCGUAAAUAUGGUAAUUUCGUACAUUUCGAAGCUCCUUCUAACAG